AUGUGUGUCAGAAUUGGAAGACUUGAGGUUGUUGCCGAAAGCAUGGAAAAAAAGUUUGAUACUUUUGUAUCAUACUGCACAACAUCUAUGUCUAUGAUUGAGAAAAGACAGGGUGAGAUUGGACAUAUUAUGUCCCAAUUUGUUGAUAAAUCGGCGAUAGCGAAGGAGGUUGAAUUGGAUGAUCCACAAGCCGCAGAGGGACACCACCCAGUUGAAAUGGCAGAUGUGGUGUUCCUACGAUUAACCCAUAUCAAUGCUGAUAUGGAGCACGCAUUCUACUGUUACAUAUUUGACAAAAACUUUCCAUCUGAAAGAUUUAAUGUUGCCUCCGUCCAAAGUGACAUUAAGUUGUGGCCUUUUAAGGUCAUUUCUGGUCCGGCUAACAAGCCAAGGACUGUAGUCAACUACAAGGGUGAAGAUAAGCCAUUUGUUGCUGAGGAAAUCUCGAUUGUGGUGCUUAUCAACAUGAAGGAGAAUGCUGCUGAGGCUUUCCAUAAUGUUGUUCUUGUUGGUGGAUCAACCAGAAUUCCCAAGGGGCAGCAGCUAUUGUAA